GGAGAGAGAAAAGUCCUGGAGGAAAAAAUAAGGAGAUAUCAACAGACUGAAAACAUGUUUUCAGAAGCAUAGAGUCUUCAGGAAGAUCCUGGAGUUCAUGAGAUCUCAAGAUACAUGUGACAGUGUUGCAGCUAUGAGUGGAAUUUUAAAGAGGAAGUUUGAAGAAGUUGACGGCUCAUCACCCUGCUCCUCUGUGCGGGAAUCAGACGAUGACGUUUCCAGCAGUGAAAGUGCUGACAGUGGGGACAGUGUCAAUCCGUCCACUUCUAAUCAUUUUCCCCCUUCCUCCAUCCUCAAAAGAGAGAAGCGGCUAAGGACUAAGAAUGUGCAUUUUAGUUGUGUCACCGUGUACUACUUCACCAGGAGGCAAGGCUUCACGAGCGUGCCCAGUCAAGGGGGCAGCACCUUGGGCAUGUCCAGCCGCCAUAACAGCGUGCGCCAGUACACUCUUGGUGAAUUUGCAAGAGAACAAGAGAGGCUCCACCGGGAGAUGCUGAGAGAACACCUCAGGGAGGAAAAGCUGAACUCUUUAAAACUAAAGAUGACCAAGAACGGCACAGUGGAAUCUGAAGAGGCGAGCACUCUUACCGUGGAUGACAUUUCGGAUGACGAUAUUGAUUUAGACAACACGGAGGUAGACGAAUACUUCUUUCUACAACCCCUGCCGACGAAGAAAAGGAGAGCACUGCUGCGGGCCUCGGGGGUGAAAAAGAUUGAUGUGGAAGAAAAGCAUGAGCUGCGCGCCAUCCGCCUGUCGAGAGAGGACUGCGGCUGCGACUGCCGAGUGUUCUGUGAUCCAGAAACGUGUACCUGCAGCCUGGCAGGCAUUAAGUGUCAGGUGGACCGAAUGUCUUUCCCUUGCGGCUGCACUAAAGAAGGAUGUAGUAACACAGCAGGUAGAAUUGAAUUUAAUCCGAUCCGUGUCCGGACUCACUUUUUGCACACAAUCAUGAAACUUGAACUGGAGAAAAACCGGGAGCAGCAAAUCCCCACGCUGAACGGCUGCCACGGCGAGAUAAGCGCUCACAGCAGCUCCAUGGGCCCCGUGGCGCACUCCGUGGAAUACUCCAUCGCAGACAAUUUCGAGAUCGAAACGGAGCCCCAGGCGGCGGUGCUGCACCUGCAGUCGGCCGAGGAGUUAGAUUGCCAAGGCGAGGAGGAGGAGGAGGAGGAGGACGGCAGCAGCUUCUGCAGCGGGGUCACGGAUUCCAGCACGCAGAGCCUGGCGCCCAGCGAGUCAGACGAGGAGGAGGAGGAAGAGGAGGAGGAGGAAGAGGAGGAGGAGGAGGACGACGAGGACGACGAGAAGGGGGACAGCUUCGUGGAAGGUUUGGGUCCCCGUGCGGAGGUCGUCCCUCUGCCUUCCGUCCUCUGUUAUUCCGACGGCACGGCCGUCCACGAGAGCCACGCGAAGAAUGCUUCUUUUUACGCCAACUCUUCGACUCUGUAUUACCAAAUCGAUAGCCACCUUCCGGGAACGCCUAGCCAGAUCUCCGAGAGCUACUCCGAGAGAGAUCCUGUGAAGAGCGGUACCCUCUCGCUGGUGCCUUACACCAUGACCCCGGAGCAGUUCGUGGACUACGCCCGCCAAGCUGAGGAGGCCUACGGCGCCUCCCACUACCCCGCUGCCAACCCCUCUGUCAUCGUCUGCUGCUCCUCUGCCGAAAACGACAGCGGCGUCCCCUGCAGUAGCUUAUACCCCGAGCACAGGUCCAACCACCCUCAAGUGGAAUUCCACUCCUACUUGAAAGGCCCCUCCCAGGAAGGGUUUGUCUCCACGUUGAAUGGUGACAGUCGCAUUUCAGAGCACCCUGCGGAAAAUUCUUUGAGUCUGGCAGAAAAGAGCAGAUUGCACGAAGAGUGCAUCAAAUCACCCGUGGUUGAGACGGUCCCCGUGUAG